GUCCUGAAAGAAUGGACGAACUUUUCAUACUGAGGCUAUACAGCACAAUGGGACUGGGACGUGGAUGUCUUCUACAGCAACCUAAGGAGAUAGAAAGUUCGAAUCCAAAUGAAGAUUUGAAAGUUCCUUUGUUACUUUGUAUGCCUAUGUAUCAGUAAUAUGGGACUUUCAAGCAUACAUAGGAACAAUUGCAGGCACUGGUUAUUCGUGUUUUAUCACCCUGCUUGGGACUGGAGGUGGAUUCUCUUUCUGCAUGAUUCUUGCAAGUUACAACCUAGAGACUACAAUCCUGGCUGUUUCAAGGACUUGAUGUUUUCUAUCUAGAUUUGGAUUUUUCAUCAAGCUUAUCCUUGUAAAAUUGGAUUAUGUGUAUAUUUCCUUUAUACUAUAUAGCACGUGUACUUCUCUGUCAAAAGAAAAAUGAGCUUAGUAG